AUGACUGCAAUAUAUGAUAAAGAUAUUAAUGAACCUGGAAAUAUUUUAAAUAAUUUAUAUGGAAGCUGUAAUUCAAAAACAAGUGUGAGUUUAGCAGAUUUUAACUUUUAUGAAACAGAAAAAAAAGAGCUGAACUGUAUUCAAAUAUCACCAUGCAAAACAUAUAUGAGUAUAUCUGAUUCUUUUUGUAAAAUAUAUAUAUAUAAAAUAUUAAAAAAUGAAUUUCUAUAUAUACAAAAAGUUGAUAUUUAUUGUUCCAGUACAAUAAAAUCAAUAAUGUGGAUCAGCAAAAAAAAUAAAAGAGAUCUAUUUAUGAAUAAUGAAUUUAAUGAUUAUUUAUUAGCUAUAUCAACGUUAUGUGGAAGUAUAAUUUUUUAUAAUUUAGAAAAUAAAAAUAUAGUCCAUAAAAUUUUAUCAAAUGGAAGUAUAAGUUGCUGUAAAUUAAAUAACAGCCUACAAUAUUUUGGAUUAAGUAACUUAAAUGGAUAUUUUUAUUUAUAUAAUAUAUAUAAAAAUGAAGAAAAUACGAUUUAUAAUUGUUUUGAUAAAUUCUAUGAAAAUUAUAAGGAAAAAAAUAAUAUAAAUUUAUAUUCACAAAAUAAAAAGAUAAAAUUAUCAAAUGAUCUUUCUUCUUAUUUAAAUGAUUAUAAUAAUAAUGAAAUUAUUAACACUGAUAAAUUUAAAGAUAAGAAUGAUGAUUUUAUAAAUGAAAAAGAAAAUAAUAAUUCAUUGGAUGUUUUUAAUAUUUAUAUUAAAAAUAAAAUUAAAUGCAAGGAAAAAUUAGUUUGCAUAUAUUUUAUGGAUGUAUUGAAGAAAAGAAGUUUUUUAUUGAAAAAAUUAGAUGACUUGAAAAAAAAAAAAGACAAAAAGAAAAGAAAAAGUAUGUGUAACGUGAACACUGAAGAAAAUGAAAAUGAAGAGAACAAAUGUAAUAGCAAAGAAAAAUCCAUUACGAAAAAAAAUAAGGAAAAAAAAAAAUUAAAAAAAAAAAUCAAUUCUAUAGAAAAAUCAUAUGAUAGUUAUAAUCAUUAUGUAUUACUAGGUAGUGAUAAUUCAAAAAUAUAUAAGUAUAAUUUAUCUAAUAAUAAAUGUGUGGGUGAAUUUUUAAGUAUGAAUAAAAAUUGUGUUAUAUGGGAUAUUAUGUAUAUUUAUAAAACAGAUGAAGUUGUAUGUGUUGAUAAUAGUGGUUCACUAAUUAUUUUUGAUAAUAAAUCUUAUUCAAUUAAGUAUCAUUUUAAUAAUCAUAAUUAUAAAUCAAUAUCUUUAACUAAAUCAUUAAAUGAAGAAAGUAUAUAUUCAGCAGGAAUAGACCGUUAUAUAAUAAAAUAUUCAUUAACUAAUUUAAAAAGCAACAAUAAUGAGAAUAAUUUUAUUAAUAAUGAAGAUGAUUUCAUAGAAGGAGAUGAUUUAAAAAAAUUUUUUUUUUUUCAUAAAAUAAAAUUAUUUAGGAAAUUAAAUAACAAAUGGUAUUUUAUUUGUAAACAAUCAGCUCAUAUUUCUGAUAUAAAAAAAAUUAUUUGUUUAAAUACUAAUUAUAUUUUAAGUAUAAGUGACGAUUUAACUUUCUGUGUUCAUGAUGUAAACAAGAGUUGGAAGAAAUAUUACUCUAUAACAGAUAUUUCAAAUAAUAAAAAUGUUAUGUUUUCAUCAAAUUUAAAGAGUAUUUUAUGUGUUUAUUCAAAGAAAAUUAAUAUAUAUUAUAACAAUCAUUAUAUAACAAAAAAAAAAAAAAGUGAAAAAAUAAAUUAUAAUGAUAUUUCUUAUGUUAAUCCAUCCAAUUACAAAUGUAUAGCUAAUAUUUCUUAUGAAGAAAAUGAAUUCAUAAAUUCUUGUAGCUUAAAUAAAAAAUCUAAUAAAAUAGCAUGUAUAACUAAUAGAAACUUCAGUUUAUAUCAUUUUGAUAUAGAUUCAAUCAAUAUUUUUAAUUAUGAUUUAUCCAAUAUAAACUUUUUUAAAGUUUACGAUUUCAUAUUUUUAAAUAGUAAUUUAAUUAUUAUUUCUUUAAUUAGACAAAAUAAGAAGCACAAUAAUGAAGGUGAAAUAAAAGAUGAAAAUAAUAAUUUAAUUGAAAAUUAUAAAGAAGAUAAAAUAGACAUACGAAAUAAAACACUUAUGAAAAAUGAUGAGAAGUUUCAUGUUAUUUUUAAUAGUAAUAUAAAUGAAAACUUGAAUAUGUAUGAGAAUAAUUUUAGUUAUCAUGUCAUUAUAUAUAAUAUUAAAAAAAAAACAAUUAAAGAAGAUCUAAAAGUUGAUAAUAUUUUAUGUAAUUUCAAGAAACAUAAAAAAGGAUUAAUAGUAUGUUCAGAUUAUAAGAAAAAUAUUUAUGCAUUUUUUAAAAAUUCUAAACAAUUUUUAAAAAACAGAAUAGUUCUAAAUAAUUUCAAUUUGAUGGAAGAAAAUACUUAUCGUAGUUAUCUUUUUUAUAUUGUCAUUGAAGAUUUUUUUUUUGUUUUCACAUUAGAGAAUUCUAUAUAUAUAUACUCCAUUAAUUUUAAUUUAAAUAGAAUAGACUUUCUUAAAAGAAUACACAUUGAAAAAUACAACUUUAAUGAAUUUAGUGAAAUUACUUUAUUAAAUUUAAAAACAUUUACAAGAAUACAUAAUAUAGAAAAAAUAAAAGAAAAACAAAAAAAUGUAACAAUAAAAAAGAAAGACGAAAUAACGAAACAUAGUUACUUAAAAUAUAAUUAUUGUCUAAUUUUAAAAAGCCAUAAUAAAGUAGAAUUAGUUGGAUUAAAUAUUUUCGAUGAUUCUAUUAUUGAUAUAAAAAUAUCGAAUGUACAUAAUUUAUUAUCACUUAAUAAUAAUACAUUUGAUCAAUAUUAUUUAUCAUCAUUAAACUUUAAAUAUAACUUUUUAAAUAUAAAACAGAUGUAUUUUCAAGACUUAAAUAUUUAUACUAUGAUUCAAAAUGAAAUUAAAAGAAGAAAUAUAAAAAGUGAUAUACUAAAUUCAAAUAAUAAUGUGAGAAAAAUGAUCGAACAAACAAAAGAUAUUCAUAUAACUUCAGAUAAAAAUAUGUUUGAUUUAUUUGAUCUUUCUUUUAAGAAAAUAACAGAAUUAAAGAAAAAAAAUAUAAUUAAUAUUCAUUUUUUAUAUACUAAUGAAAAUAAUAUAAUUAUUUUAAUAUGUGUUCCAAAAAAUAUUGAUAAUAGCCUAAUUAAUGUAGCUGAUACAAAAAAAUAUGCUUUCUAG